ACCGUGGACAACGUCCUACAGGCCAUUGAAGCUCUUAAGGAGGCCAACGGCACCAAUCUGACUUCUCUGAAAAAAUACUUUGCUUCGAACUACCCGGUUCCCCCUAGCGAGCUCAGCAUGCAAAUCAAGAAGGCGCUCGCAAAAGGAGUCCGGGAUGGUAAGAUCGCCAAAUCAGGUAACUCAAAG